AUGUUUUGGAUCUCACUACUUCGACAACGAAUCGCUCUGAUUGUGUGGAUGCUCAUUCCAUUUACAAGCAAUAUCGAAAAUGACGAAAUUAUGAAAAUCACAUAUCACAAUGAGACUCUGAAAGAUGGACUAGGGCCGGAUCUCAGCGCAUUUCGCAACUUCCAUUCACCUAUCGAAAACAAGAUUGCAAGAGCAUCUCGAUUCCCUGGUCUCAAUAGCAUUUUACCUACAUGGGCACGGCUGUUAAGUUUUACUACGAUUGGUUUGAUUGUUGUCUUGAGUACUGGCCUAUCAUGCUAUUGCUGCUACAGGUUUUUUAGAAAAUCCACGACAAAUCAAGCAGUACCGCCGCCGCGCGAAAGACGAGGACGUAUUCAAGAGCAGGAUCGUCCUAUAGUCUAUCGAAAUCGCUCGCCUCGUCGUGAUUCAGUUGAGAACAAUUUGAUAGAUAAUAAUAGUGAACAAGCUAUCGAACUGGAAUAUAUUCCAUCAAAUCAUGCUGAAGAAGACGAUAAUCUACUGGAAGCUCAAGGUGAUCCAGAUGUUCCGGAUGAAGCUGAACCAGCUGAUGAUGAAGAUCAAGAUCAGGCUGGACCAGCAAGAAAUUAG